AUGACAAAACACCUAACUAGUGUUCAGGCUAAUGAUCAAGAUGAUCUGAAACGUGAUCAUAAGGAGGAGGUUAUAGGAAGAGAGAAGCAGCUUGUUUACAAUUCGGAGUUGGAUCUCAACUACAUGAUGAACAAGAGAAAAGUUCCCAACGGACCAGAUCCCAUUCAUAACAGGGGAGCUGGGAACUCCAAACGACCACCCGGACGAGCCUAG